ACGGUUUAUAGGAUACAUCCAUGGAAGACGUAUUUUAUUGAAAGGGAUUGUUCUUUUUGUUUAUUAUUAUUAUUAUUUUAUUUUUUUUUAUUACGCCACCCUCUUCUUUCGUGGCUCCUUCAUUGGCCGGCAUCUUCCACGCAAACCACAUCCUCUCUCUCUCUCUCUCUCUCACACACACACAUCCGAUCCAGUUGAAGAAGAAGAACGGGAGGAGGAGGAGGAGGAGAGUUUAGUCUGGCUUUGUAUCGCGGUGAAGACCCUCCGUCCCUGCGUCUGUCCUCCACUUCUCUCGCUCUCUUUCUCCGCGGAUGUUGACACCCGUGGACGGACGCGAACCCGCGCACGUCGUCGUGUUGAGAGAAGGAGGAGGGAGGGGGGGUUUCAUACUCAUAAUAAUAAUAAUAAAUAAAUAGUAUAUAUAUCGUCGGUGCGGCUGCUGUCAUCAUUGCAGUCCAGCGAGCGGAAAGUAGGGGUGACAAGAACCGCGUCUCCAUCCCGGGAUUUAUUGGGUCCAAGUGGGGAGGCUGCAGCACUGGAAGGAGGGGGAAGGAACAACCUCACGUCGGAGCUCGCUUUGGACAAUGUUUCUGUUGCAGUACACAGGACUCAAUGCUCUGCCCUUUGAUCCGUCCACCAACAACGACCCCCUCCACUUCAACAGCACCAGCGGGUCACUGGUGACGGAGUGUCCUCCUUUGGAAAACGCAUCUGAAAAUAGCAAGAAAAGGAAGCGAGCCAGCCUGCCUCCAGAGGGGAUCCAUAACAUGCCCAUGGAGUCCAACUCCAUAUCCAUGCCCAUGUCGGACCCCAACGCCUGGGCCACAGCCAUGAACAACCUGGGCAUGCCUCCAAUGGGCAUCGCCGGCCAGCCGCUCAUGCCAGACUUUGACCCCAACCUGGGAAUGAUGGCUGGGAUCACACCCAUCAACCCCAUGAUGCCCGGCCUUGGCAUGGUGCCCGCACCCCUGUCGCACGACGUCCCGGUUGUCAAGGAGAUCAUCCACUGCAAGAGCUGCACCCUCUUCCCGCCCAACCCCAACCUGCCACCUCCGGCCACUAGGGAGCGCCCUCCAGGCUGUAAGACAGUGUUUGUAGGCGGCCUGCCGGAGAACGCCACCGAGCAGCUCAUCAUGGAGGUGUUCGGACAGUGCGGCGACAUCACCGCCAUCCGUAAGAGCAAGAAGAACUUCUGCCAUAUUCGCUUUGCCGAAGAGUUCACGGUGGACAAAGCUCUCUUCCUGUCCGGUUAUCGCAUCCGCCUGGGCUCCAGCACAGACAAGAAAGACACGGGCCGCCUCCAUGUAGACUUCGCCCAGGCCAGGGACGACCUGUACGAGUGGGAGUGCCACCAGCGCAUGUUGGCCAGGGAGGAGCGGCACCGGCGCAAGAUGGAGGAAGAUCGUCUACGGCCGCCAUCGCCUCCACCCAUCGUGCAUUUCUCAGAGCACGAGUGCAGUCAGCUGGGGGACAAGAUCAAAGACGACAGCAAGUUCGCCGAGGCGGUACGGGUGCUGCUGACGUGGCUGGAGCGUGGCGAGGUCAACCGGCGGAACGCCAACAGCUUCUACUCCAUGAUCCAGUCAUCCAACAGUCACAUCCGCCGCUUGAUGACGGAGAAGAGUCAGCACGAGAAGGAGAUGGAGGAGGCCAAGGACAAGUUCAAGACAGCGCUGUCUGGCAUCCUGGCUCAGUUUGAGCAGAUUGUGUCUGUAUUCCAAGCCGCUUCCAAACAAAAGGCAUGGGACCAUUUCUCCAAAGCGCAACGCAAGAACCUGGACGUGUGGCGCAAGCAAGCAGAGGAGAUCAGGAACAUGCACAACGAGCAACUGAUGGGCAUCCGGCGCGAGGAGGAGAUGGAAAUGUCCGACGAUGACAUGGAGGAGGCCCCAGAUAGCAAAGACUCUGAAGACUCAGGUGUGUUGCAAGCGGAGGCCCUGAAGGAGGAGAAUGACUCGCUGCGCUGUCAGCUGGACGCCUACAGAAACGAGGUGGAGCUGCUGAAGCAGGAGCAGGGCAAGAACCAACCGAUGAGGAGCGAGGAGGACAGCACGCACAGUCAGCAGCUCAGCUUCCUGCAACAAGCUCUGCAAGGCAUGCAGAAGCAACUCCUGAAGAUGAGGGAGGAAUUAAAACAACGAGAGGCCGAGCUGGACAAGAGUCUGGAGGACAAGCAGCAGCUCAAGCAUCAGGUCCAGAACCUCAAGGAAGGACUGCAAAACCUGCAGAAGACCCAGCUGGAGCGAUCCAAGCAAGAUGAUAGAGUCGGCGGCGAGGAGGCUGCUAAUCAAACCAAUGAGAUGGUGUCCUGCAGUCAGGAGAGGGAAGGACCAAUCCAAAAGAAGCAGACAAGUCCGGUCCACUCAGAGAGAGAAGCGCUCCUCGUCGGGAUCAUCUCCACGUUCCUGCACGUGCACCCCUUCGGAGCCAGCAUUGAGUACAUCUGCUCUUAUCUGCAGCGCUUGGACACCAAGAUCAACCCCGCCGAGGUGGAGGCUCUCCUCUCCAGGCUGCCAUGCACCUUCAGGCAAGAGCUGACGGGUGUGGGCGCUAGUCUGGAAAAACGUUGGAACUUCUGCGGUUUCCAAGGCAUCAAGAGCACGUAAAAGCACGCAUGUGGAGGGAGCGGGACAGCCGAGCUUCCGGUGACCCCCCCACCCCCCCCCCCCCCCCCCCCCCCCCGACUCCUCCUCCACGGCUGCCAUGCAACACUGAGAGUGCAAUCACCUCCAUGGAUUCAGGAAUGUUUUUACUUGACGCGAUGACUCUCUCAAGAGAGUCACAGCAGGAAUCACUGGAUUCAUAUGUACAAGUGUGACCCGUGCGGUCCCAGCUUUUUCUGAGCCUUUUGUUGGGUGUGACUGACAGAGACUACACAGGGCUACAACCUGCGGGGUCAUCAGGGUCGGACAGAACCUCGAAAAACCCUGAAGCCUCCAUCCAGUCUUUCUUUUUGUCCUUCCUGGUUUGUAAGAUAGAUUAUUAUAAAAAGAAAAAACAACAAAUCAUAUAUUUCUUCAUCUUCUGUAAAGGCUGUGAAGAGUUGCAUAGAAUUGUUGUUAUACGCUGUACAUGCUUGGAUUGUAUUUUUGAUUAUAAAAAGGGAAUUUCACUACA